CCAACUGCUCGUCCCCGCCUCAGCUCCCACUGGCUGGGCCAACUGUGGUGUGGCUGUCGCAGUUUGUCGGAGAAGCCUUAAUCGGCCACCUGCCGCGUUCCGCAGCCUCUUUGCAUCUCGGAUUUCGGGGCGGCUCCCUCCCCCAUCUUUUCUUGCUUCUUUGCACCCCGCUUUUUCUGCAUUUCGCUCGGGUUUUGUAGCCGUCUGGUUUUGCACCCCUUUUUGUUUUGCUUCUAGCCGGUGUGUCGGGUGAAGCUGCCUUGGCAUCCCUUGCCCUGGUUAUCUUUCCCUGUUUUGACAGUCCCCCCCUCUUCUAUCGCAGUCGGGGGGGCCUAGCCUCGGCGCACCUUCGCUGCACUGCCAGCAGACCACAGCGCGUGGCUGUGCACCCCGGAAUUUGCAACAGCUGCAUAUCUGAUUGGAGUCAUCCUCGCCUCACUCCCCGCGCGCGUUCGGUGCGUGGAGGGCUUUAGUGCGCGACGCCCCCGCUUCUCCGCAGCCCCCCGCAGCGCGCCGGGACUCGCCCUGUGCAGCCAAGAUGGUCAUCCAGAAAGAGAAGAAGAGCUGCGGGCAGGUGGUUGAGGAGUGGAAGGAGUUCGUGUGGAACCCGCGGACGCACCAGUUCAUGGGGCGCACCGGGACCAGCUGGGCCUUCAUCCUCCUCUUCUACCUCGUCUUCUAUGGCUUUCUCACGGCCAUGUUCACCCUCACCAUGUGGGUGAUGCUGCAGACUGUCUCUGACCACACUCCCAAGUACCAAGAUCGGCUGGCCACACCAGGCUUGAUGAUUCGCCCCAAGACUGAGAACCUUGAUGUCAUUGUCAACAUCAGUGACACCGAGAGCUGGGAUCAGCACGUCCAGAAGCUCAACAAGUUCCUGGAGCCUUACAACGACUCCAUCCAAGCCCAGAAAAAUGAUGUCUGCCGCCCUGGGCGAUAUUAUGAGCAACCAGAUAACGGGGUUCUCAACUACCCAAAACGUGCCUGCCAAUUCAACCGGACCCAGCUGGGCAACUGCUCUGGCAUCGGGGACCCUACCCACUAUGGUUACAGCACCGGGCAGCCCUGUGUCUUCAUCAAAAUGAACCGGGUCAUCAACUUUUAUGCAGGGGCGAACCAGAGCAUGAAUGUCACCUGUGUGGGGAAGAGAGAUGAGGAUGCCGAGAACCUUGGCCACUUCGUCAUGUUCCCGGCCAAUGGCAACAUCGACCUCAUGUACUUCCCCUACUACGGCAAAAAGUUCCACGUGAACUACACACAGCCCUUGGUGGCCGUAAAGUUCCUGAAUGUGACCCCCAACGUGGAGGUGAAUGUCGAAUGUCGCAUCAAUGCUGCCAACAUCGCCACCGAUGACGAGCGAGACAAGUUCGCCGGCCGUGUGGCCUUCAAGCUUCGAAUCAACAAAGCCUGAGGCCCUC